UUUACCAAUAGAAUAGUUGAGGAAAAGGACGCGGGAAGAAUGAGAUCCUUGCAAGGACGAGGGGCGGGAGGAUGGCUUGAAACAGUCCCCACUUCAGACAAGCACGCACUAAAGCAGAAUGAAUUUCGUCUAGCGUCUUGUCUGAGGUUGGGUGUCUGUCUGCCAUUCAGUCAGCUCCUUGUAAAAUGUGAGUGUGGAGCAGAGCUGGACAGAGAAGGAUAUCACUUGAUUACAUGUAAGUAUGGGGGAGGUCCUGUCUGGACGCACAACACCCUAGUUUCUGGAUGGAGCGAGUGUCUCAGCGAUUUGCUCAUAUGCCACCAGAUUGAGCCAAGACACAGAUACAUCCACACUGAAGAUAGACCAGACAUCACAUUUUACGACGUAGACUCAGGAACAACAAAAGAGAUAGAUGUUGCUAUGGCUCAUCCCUGGAGCAAAGAUACCAUCAAGGGAGCGUCCACGACAUGUGGAUAUGCAGCAACAAAACGAGAGGCAAGGAAGGAAGUAAAGUAUCGCAAAGAAUCAUUACCAGAUGGUUCUAAGCCUUUUGUUACUCCUCUGGUGUUCGAACACUUCGGUCGUUGGGGACCCAAAGCAGAGGAAUUUUUAAAUGAGCUUGCAAAGAAGUCCAAAGACAUGCUGGGAAGGAAAAAUGAAGCAGCGUUUAGAAGCUAUUGGAGAAGAAGAUUUUCUGUGAUUAUUCAGAAAUGUAACAGUAGAGUUGUUUUAAGAAAGCUAUCUAGGCUUUCAUUGAAUUGUUUGGAUGGACAAGACAAGCUAGAGAUGGACAAAGCCAUUCAUAGUUCUAUUCAUUAAUUAAAACGAAGAACAGUAGGAGAGUAGAACUUUUAGUACUGCAGCAAGUGAUGUAAGUAGUGACGUUUGAUGACAAUAAAACAAAUCUGUCUGUCUGUCUGUCUGUCUGUCUGU